GUGCAUGAAGUCCACUGGAGCCAGGAGGACUUGCUGGUAAAAUAAACCAUGCAGGAGUACUGUUCCCCUCUUUUUAUCUAGACUGAGAUUUAUGGACUUGUACAUGAUGAAUUGUGAACUUUUGGCCACGUGCAGCGCCCUUGGCUUCUUGGAGGGGGACACGUACCACAAAGAGCCGGAUUGCUUAGAGAGUGUGAAAGACUUGAUCCGCUACCUGCGACAUGAGGAUGAAACUCGGGAUAUCCGGCAGCAGCUGGGGGCAGCUCAGAUUCUCCAGAAUGACCUGGUGCCAAUCAUUAUCCAGUAUCCUGAAGAUAAACAACUCUUUGAUGCCAUUAUAAGGCUGAUGGUGAAUCUGACUCAGCCAGCUCUAGUUUGCUUUGGCAAACUCCCUCAAGAUGCCAGCUUCCGCCAUCACUUCUUGCAAAUAAUCUCUUAUCUGCAGGCCUACAAAGAAGCAUUUGCUAGUGAGAAGGUCUUCGGGGUGCUAAGUGAGAAGCUGUAUGACCUGCUGCAGCUGGACUGGGAACAGCGUCAAGAAGAGGAUAACCUGUUAAUUGAGCGCAUCCUGCUUUUGGUGCGCAAUGUGCUGCAUGUCCCUGCUGACCAUGAUGAAGAGAAGAACAUUGAUGAUGAUGCCAACAUCCAUGACCGUGUGCUGUGGGCCAUUCACAUAAGUGGCAUGGAUGACCUGCUCAAAUUCUUGGCCAGCUCCCAGAGUGACCAGCAGUGGAGCCUGCAUGUGCUGGAAAUCAUCUCCCUUAUGUUCCGGGACCAGAACCCUGAGCAGCUGGCAGCUACAGGGCAGACCCGCUCAGCCAAGGAGCAUGGGGCAGACAUGGCAGAACUGGAGCUCCUGAGACAGAAGGAAUUGGCUGAGAGGAAGGGCCGUAUACUUCAACGAAGCAGCAGGCACUCUCAUUUUGGUGGCUGCUACAUUAUCCAGGGCUUGAAGUCCAUUGGAGACAGAGAUGUUGUCUUGCACAAGGGGCUACACAAUAUGAAGAACUAUACCCAUGAUCUGGGGAAGGAGGUGCGGCGAGUGCCAAAGAGACAACAGCGAGCCCAUGAUGAUGCGGGUGCCCCUCGCCGGUCAGCCCUCAGUGUACGUGUCUUCCUCAAAGAGUUCUGCAUUGACUUCUUGGAGAACUGCUACAACCGCCUCAUGUAUCUGGUCAAGGAUCACCUAAUCAGAGAGAAGGGCCAGCAGCACGAUGAGACCUACUACCUGUGGGCCAUGGCUUUUUUCAUGGCCUUCAACCGGGCCUCCUCUUUUCACCCUCAGCUGGUUUCAGAGACUGUUGCCAUACGAACCUUCCACUUCAUCGAGCAGAGUCUGACCAACUACUAUGAAAUGAUGCUUAUUGAUAAGAAGGAGGCUACAUCUUGGUCUAGAAGGAUGCAUCUGGCUCUGAAGGCCUACCAAGAGUUGUUGAUGACCGUGCAUGAAAUGGACCAUUCCCAAGAAGAAGCUGUUCGCAACAGCAGCCAUAUCCUACAGAAUAACAUUUUCUACCAGAUGGAAUAUCGCGAGCUUUUCCUCACCCUCUUCCGUAAGUUUGAUGAGAGAAAGCAGCCCAGGUCAUUCCUCAAAGACCUAGUGGAGACCACUCACCUUUUCUUGAAGAUGCUGGAGAGAUUUUGCAAAGGGAGGAACAAUGUAAUGGUGCAGAGCAAGAAGAUCAAGCAGAGAAAAAAGCCCCAGUCUUGCCCUGCCACCUCAAACAUGCAGCCCAAAAUUCCUGAGGAGCUGGAUGAAAUGUGGCCAAAGCUGGUUGAGCAUCUCAGUAAAUUCACACAGGGUUCUGAGUCUCUUCCAGAGGACGUGGUCCCCUUUGAUGCAGCAUCAGAAGUUCCACUGGAGGAACAGAGAGCUGAUGCCAUGGUACGGAUCCAGGACAGCCUGCUGGCUGGCCGAGCACCCGAAGCACUGUCCCUCUUGCAUUCAGCUAGGGAGGUGUGGCCUGAAGGGGAUGUUUUUGGAUCUCCAAGCCUUGCUCCAGAUGAAGAGGUUGAGCUGUUGAAACAUAUCUUUUUUGCCAGCCUCCCUCGGCAAGCGGCACCAGAGACAUAUGAACCUGAAGAGGCAGCUGAGGAAGAAGAGAUUACUGAGGAAGAGCUGGCAUCUGUACGAGUAUCAGAGAAGGAGUUCAGCUUUCUGGACUAUGUGAAACGGUUUGCUAGCGCUAAUGUGGUCAAAGUUUACACCCUUCUCUUCAAGAACUACCAGCAAAAUAGCACCCACACCAACCACUGUGUGGUGAAGAUGCUUCACCGCAUUGCCUAUGACCUCAAGAUGGAGGCUCUGCUGUUCCAACUUUCCAUCUUCUGCCUCUUUAACCAGCUCUUUAGUGAUCCUGCCUCUGGGGCUUACAAGGAGCUGGUAACCUUUGCCAAAUACAUUGUGGGCAAAUUCUGUGCACUGGCAUACACCAACAAGAAGGCUUAUGUGGAACUGUUGUUCUGGAAAAGUGCGGCCGUGGUACGGGAGAUGACUGUGGGCUAUUGCAUUUUGCAGGAAGAAGAAAGCUCAAACUCUCGCAAGGCAUGCCAGUGGACUGAGGCCGAAGAGGAGGAACUUCGGGAACUCUACUACAAGUACAAGGAAGUGGAAGGAGAAGAUGUCCUUAACAGUAUCCUGGCACACCUGAGGACCAACAACCGGACUCGAAGACAGGUUGCCAAGCAGCUGGUGCGCUUGGGGUUAGCAAGCAGCAUGCGAGACUUUCCACAUGAGCGAAGGAGGACCCGCAUCGUCCUGUGGACGCAGGAUCAAGAGGAAGAGCUGCAGCGGCUCUUCGAGGAAUUCCAGAGCACAGAUGAUAUCCUAGGCAAUGUGAUGAGGCAUAUCACAGCGAAGCGCUCCAAAGCGCGCAUUAUUGAGAAGCUUCUCAACAUGGGGCUGGUAUCUGAUCGUAAGGAGCUUUACAAGAAACACAAGCGCAAGCCUCGCAGCCUUGGUGCGAACAAAAAUGUAUUCCCCAAGGACUUUGAGGUGCCUGACCUAGAUGAGGUUAAUGAUGAGGAUGAGGAAGAGGAUGAUUUGGACAGUGAGGAUGAAGUGGAGUCAGCCUGGGAGGAUGGUGGCAGUGACUUGUGUAACAGACCCCUGGAUGGGUGGACUAACAAAAAGGGGGCUGCUGCCUCUGACAGGGACUACCAAGAGCUCAUACGAAGUUUGCAGCAAGAAGGCCUGUCUGGUCCUCUGCUGUGGCUCCAGAGCUGUCUAUACCGCACAGCUGGUGACAGAGAAGAGGAUGGCUGUGCCCAACCUGUGCCUUUGGUGCCACUUUCUGAAGAGAACGAGGAUGCUAUGGAGCACAAAGGCUUCCAGAAGCUGUUACGGCAUGUGGGGAUACGAGCCCCAGCCAAUGAGCAGGAAUCUUUCUGGCGCAUCCCAGCCAAACUCAGCCCAGAACAGCUGCGGCAACUGGCUGUUUCCAUUGGCCUGCAAGGAAUGGCAGAUGAGACUAAAGAACAUCCACCUGAAGUUCUUGAGACAGAGGAACCAAGGCGCCUGAUACCAGAAAUGGAGGAGUCCAUCCAGCUCCCACUGGGACCCAAGAGGACCCAUUUGAUCAGCAGUAAUGAGCAUGAGAGUGACAGCCAAGGCUCCAGUGAGGAGGAUGGGCCACGUCCUGCUGGCAAGAGGAAAUGCCUGCGGAUUGAGGAGGAAGACUGA